AUGGCUCUGACGAGAAAAAAUCGAACGGCUAUGGAUAUAUUCAAAUCCAAUGUCGGAUGUAUAUCAACAUAUUCGAAAAAAAUCGACGAUAUGCUCGAUGGUGGUAUUCGUUUGGGUGUUAUGACUGAAUUAUGUGGAAAUCCAGGAAGCGGAAAAUCGAAUUUAUGUACUCAAUUAUGUGUUUCCGUUCAAGUGAAAUAUGGUAUCAAUUCAGAUAGUACAGGAACAGCAAUUUAUAUUGACACAGAAGGAAGUUUCGUACCUAUACGAUUACAAAAUAUGGCGAUGGCAGCUGAUAAUCAUUAUAGAAAUCAUAAUCAAAUACCGAUGGAUACAAAUUCAGUUGAACAUAUCCUUAAAAAUGUGACGUAUUUCCGUUGUAUGAAUGUCGCCGAACUGAUCGCUUGUCUCAUUCAAUUAAAACAACUUAUGACACCCGAACGAAAUGUUAAAUUAAUUAUUCUCGAUAGUCUUGCACAUCCAAUUCGGAGUAUAAUCGACGGUGAUCAUCUAACUCGACAUAAAUACACCGUUCGAAUCGUAACCAUUUUACAAAAACUAGCUUCGGAACAUAACUGUGCUGUGGUGAUUGUCAAUCAUAUGAUAGCCAAAGUCGAAUCACCGAGAAAUGAAGCCUAUUGUGCUCCAGCGCUGGGUGACGCAUUUGGUCAUAUGUCACAACUAAGGAUACAACUAUCAUGGAAAAUGAAUAAACGAGAACUUCGUGUACUUAAAUCGCCACAUCUUCCUGAAAUGUCCACGUUUUUUCAGAUAGCUGAUGAUGGCAUCCGCGAUAUAAAUGAAGAUGAACUGAUGGAUCAGGAUGAAUGUCUUGGUACGUCGCAAGAGAAUCUACAUUCAAUUUCAAACAUGUAA